GGAAACAUUAUGAUCUUGUGUUGGAGUGUUAUAUAAAAAUGGGCAAUAUGUGCAUUGAAUAUACAAAGUUCGUGCGAAUUGAAAACUGUCUUGUGAUAUUGUUGACCCAUUUUAUCAUCACCGUGAAUUCAGGCAAAUACUUUCCAUCGAAAAAGGAAAAUAAUUUUGAUGAUGAUUAUUUAGAUGAUGGUACACUCCAGCAAAUUAAACGUGAUGUGUAUGCGUCAUCCGCCAGAUAUAAAAAUAAAUUCAGAUCAGAAGAUGAUUAUACAUAUGCGGAUUAUGAAGGCGAAGAAUCAAGUUUUCCCCAUAAACCCACGAAUGAGAUAUACGAAAAACAUGGAACACAUCCAGUGCUUGUCAAACCCGUUACCCCGCCUAUAGUCUAUAAAAGCCCAACCAUCAGUAAGGAAAUGGUCAUUAUGAUCGUGUUGGCUCUGAAGGCAUUGUUCAUUGCAAUGGUUACCAUUGGAUUGCCAGCUCUCAUAGGCCUUUACCUUUUGAUUGUCGCAAAAAUGGUUAUGGGCCUAAAGGCGAUGGCAUCAACGAACGCAUUCACCCUAGGAGUACUGUCCACAAAGUAUCUGUCGCACCAGAAACACGCUAAUGCCGGUCAUGGAGCCGCCAUCAUUCCAUUCUAUGUCCCGUUGGCUUUGUCGUCUAUUCUGUCCUCUGCCGGACUGAUCACGGGAGCUGUCGGUUUGAUUGCUUCUAUCUUUGCUAACAGCACUACUAACAGCAGCACAACCACUACCACAACUACCACCACCACCGAGACGCCAACCGAAGCUGCUUUUAUCAAAUUGACGCGACUACCUUCGAAGAACAAAUAUCGACCGGUGAAGCCAAAGCAUUUGGACACUCUGGAUGAUGAUCCCCCUGAGGAGAAUGUGUUUAGCAAAGUGGCGAGAAAAGCUAGUGAUGGGGUGAAAAACUUCGUAGGGCGGUUCACUAAAAGUUUUAAAAAUAAUUGAUAGGAAAAUAAAUUUAAUGUUUAGGAUAAAUUGUUCAGCUAUGGAGGACUUUGGCAGCAGAGCUCUAAGUUCCUCAGAAAUUCAUGAUAAAUUAACUGAAUGGAGGCGUGUAUAUACGCAUUCAAUUCGUUUCUUAGAUUUCUGUGAAUUUCAGCGCCGUUGAGCUGUUGAGUGAUAAUUUUUUUACCUAGUUUUUUCUUCGGUCAACUGCUAAAACUUAGGGACAAUCUAUUAAAUAAUUGUUGAACUGUUCUAUUUAUGAAAAAUUGUGAAAUUUCAAACAAAUCUGCGAAUUAAUUGAUGUGGAUGAAGGUGUGUCAAAUUCGUUCAACAAUUUCAUCUAUGUAAAAAUCAGUAUUAUCAUAAUCUAGGAAUUUUAACUCCUUUGUUUUCCUAUUGUAGUAUUGAAUAAUCUGACCUUGAUUCUACCACCAAUAUUUCGCUACGACGAACUAACAUUAGCAUGUAAGUUUUAAUUUUCGACAAAAAAAACAUUUGUUCGACUCGUCCAAUAGCGAAGAACCAAAUAAUAGUCUGCGCAGGGGAACCCGGAGGAUCAUUACUUCAGACCAACAAAGAUGGAGCUCUUCUGAACGCCCAGACUACGCAGUGGUAGUGCC